AUGCUCGACGAGCAUGGCCGAAAAAUUAACGAAUUUUUUGAGCUGAAUUUUUAUGAUGUACAAACACUAAUUGCCUAUAUUGCGAAUCGCAUUCUAAUUCUGGCCUCUUUGAUUGAUUUUAUAAGAUUAUCGCCUUCGACGGCAUCAUUCGGUCGAACACUGCUCGAGAAUCUCACGCGUUCACCGUUAUCGCGUUCGCUCACCUCACUUGAUAAAACCAAACUUUGGAGCAAGUUUUAUGUGGACGAAGUGGAGAACGUUCAAGUAGGCUUUAAAAAGGUAUUGGAUAGACUGUCCGUGGACCAAAAAGUAAUAACAAAUCCACGUGCCAAUCGACGACGACGCACUGUUGUGGUCACUCGAAACGAUGGUCAACCGUUUGGCUUCACAUUACAAACAUACGUACUAAAGCGUAAGGGUGAAGAAUUGCCUUCAAAAGUGACUUAUGUCGAUUAUGUUCAGCUCGACAGCCCGGCUUCGGAUGCUGGCAUUCGUGCAGGUGACGUGUUGAUUUCGAUAAACGGUCGCGUUGUGACCGGGAUGAGCCAUAGGUCACUAAUCGAAUUAAUUGGCUCCUGUCGUCAAAUGCGCAUGGUUGUGAUUUUCGAGAAUAUCCGUCAGCGGAUCGAACUGAUUGCCCGAGCGAUUAAGCUUCGCAAGGUUCUGAACGAUAAAUUGUAUCAGCUGAAUCUGAUCGACAUCGAGGAGCAGAAAAUUUUGAACAGAGCGUAUGUGCGGACCAUUGCGACACGUCGACUAAAGCGUUCCUUCAUGAAUUCCUUGUCAUCAGCUGGGACGUCGUCUGCUUCGUCAGUGAACUCGGUUCCAUCGGAUGCUGGUAGUGGCGGUACCAUCAGCGGUUCGGAACGAAGCAUCAUACGGAUUCCAAGUAUCUGUGUUUCAGCUAGCAACGGGGCAACAACAGAAAUCGACAGGUGUCCGUUGAGAAGGCCGACAAAUUUACCUCAAAGACGAAGUUUAUGCGAAAUUUUUAACGGACAGUCAACGAAAUCGUCACCGGAUUCUCUGAGGUUAACGGCUGCGGGGACAGAAAUGGAGCUUCCAGCGAUUCAAAGAAUACGUUGUUUCGGGGUUAAUCGGGUAGAUUCUGACAACACGAGCUUUGCAUCUGUCAGUGCGGGUGAGACGACUAGUACCAGUGAAGCACAUGAUAUUUUAAAUGGUAUUAAUGCCGAUGAUAUUGAUAAUGGUGAUAAUGAUAACGCCCGUGAUGAUAUCGGAAGUGCAGUUGAAGGCAACACUUUUAAAAACAUUGGUGAUAAUGGUGAUGAUGAUGAUGGCGAUGGCGCGAGCGCUUCUGCUAAUGGCUUUGAUAACGCAAAUGCCGGCAGCGGCACUGCUAAUGCUGAUAAGUUGUCAAAACAACCAGCUUUUACGGAAGCGGAAGAAGUUUUCGAUUCAGUUGCCUUGAACCAUGUCAUUUUGCUAGACGAUGAUGAGCUUAUCAGCAGUGAUAAUGAAGGCCCCCAACAUAUAAGGGUUUUGAAGCUCUGA